AUGGAGCUGUCGAAAAAGAAUGAAGGCCAAGAAAAACAGAAAAUCAACUAUUUCUUCCCCAAAGAGCCAGACAAGAGAGGCGGGGCAAAAUUCAGUUUUUCAAGAAGACCAAAUGAAAAUGUCACAGAGAAACCUGUUCCGGAGGAAAGAAUGAAGAAAUGGAGGAAAGGUGACAAAGCUAAGGGUUUUGCCAAAACAUACUUUCACACCAACAAGAUCAGAGCCAGGGAAGAAAUCUUUGAAAAAGUUGCAGAGAAAUCAGCCAGAAGUGAAUUGUUGUGUGUGGAGGAGACAGGUGGUCUAGAAGGAGACAAGACAUAUGAGAUUACCCAGAAUGAUAUUAAGGAGAGUUCUGAUGAGGCCACGCAGCAGAAAAUAUUUGACCUUCGCCUAGACAAGUUUGGGCCCUACAGACUAGAUUACACUCGCAAUGGGAGGCACCUUCUCAUAGGUGGGGCCAAAGGGCAUGUUGCAGCAUUCGACUGGCAGACAAAGAGACUGCACUGUGAAAUUAAUGUGAUGGAAACUGUUUCUGAUGUGAAGUGGCUGCAUCAGGAAACGAUGUUUGCAGUGGCUCAGAAAAAAUGGGUGUACAUCUAUGACAAUCAAGGAAUAGAGAUCCAUUGUCUGAAACACCUGGAUAUGGCCUUAAGACUAGAGUUCCUGCCAUAUCAUUUCCUUCUGUGUUCUUCAAGUGCCAAGGGCUACCUGUCCUAUCUGGAUGUAUCUAUCGGCAAAGAAGUUGCAGGGAUAUGUACUAAGCAAGGUCGGCUGGACGUAAUGGCCGUGAAUCCUCAGUCAGCCAUUGUCCACCUCGGACAUCCCACUGGUGUGGUUUCGCUGUGGACACCCAACAUGAAAGAGCCAGCAGCAAAAGUCUUGUGUCAUGCCAGUGCUUUGAGAGAUGUAGCUGUGGAUGCUUCCGGAAUUUACAUGGCUACAACUGGUAUGGAUCGCAGACUGAAGAUAUUUGAUCUGAGAAUGUACAAAGAACUCAGCCGAUUCCAGUACAUCAGGAGGCACUGUCCAGGACUUUUGGACUUUAGUCAGAAGGGAAUUUUAGCUGUCAGCAGGGACAAUGUGGUGGAGAUAUCACUACCCAGAUCCCACAAACCUGACAAGCCUUACAUCUACCAUCGCGCUGACAGGCUGGUGGCAGAUCUCAUGUUCUGUCCCUAUGAGGAUGUGCUGGGUAUCGGACACGGGUGGGGAUUCUCCAGCAUUGUAGUUCCAGGUGCCGGGGAACCUAACUAUGAUGCAAUGGAAGCAAAUCCUUUCCAGUCUAGGUCUCAGAGAAAACAGACUGAAGUGCACAUGUUGUUGGAUAAGGUCCGGCCUGAGAUGAUCACAUUGGAUGGCCAGAUAGGACAGGUAGAUGUGAAAACUGCCCAGGAGGCCGCAGAGGAACGUCUCAAGAAGAAGUACCUGAAGCCAGACAAAGUCGACUUCACGCCCAAGAACAAGAUGAAAGGGGCCAGCAGUGCAUCAAAGAUAGUCCAGCGGAAAAAGGGAGUGCAGGAGCAGCACUUGAGGGCUGCAGUGAGAGAGAUUGUGAGGACCAAGCAGGUGGAAGGGAAGCUGAAUACCAGAAACAAAAACAGAAAGGAUCUGGAACCUUCAGCUUUGGAUCGAUUAAAAAAGAAGAGUGUCUAA